UUGAAGGUCGCGCUCGAGCGAGCCGAGGAGAAGAAGCUGGACUUUCUGAGCGAGGCGGAGAUGAUGAAACGCUUCGACCACAAGAACAUCGUUCAGCUGCUGGGCGUGUGCACGCGCGGCGAGCCGGCUUACAUGGUCAUGGAAUUCAUGUUAUAUGGUGACCUAAAGACGUAUCUCCUCGCUCGGCGCCACCUGGUGCACGAUGCCGACUGCCAGGAGGCGUCGGACAUCACGCCGCGUCGUCUCACACAGAUGGCGCUGGAUGUCGCGUGCGGAUUAAGCUACCUCGCCGAUAUUAAAUAUGUACACAGGGAUAUAGCGUCUCGUAACUGCCUCGUCAACGCUAGCCGGGUCGUCAAGCUCGCUGACUUCGGCAUGUGUCGUCCCAUGUUCGACUCCGACUACUACAGGUUCAACCGACGCGGGAUGCUGCCCGUGCGGUGGAUGUCGCCGGAGAGCCUCAGCGACGGCGUCUUCUCUCCCGGCUCGGACGUCUGGUCGUACGGCUGCUACAUCUGGGAGCUGGUCACCUUCUGCAGCUUCCCCUACCAGGGCCUCUCCAACAACGAGGUGCUCACCUACGUCAAGGACGGAGGCUGCCUCGACAUACCCGACCGGUGCGAGAUGCCAAUGGUGAAGCUGAUGCGUGCGUGCUGGGAGCGCGACCCCAAGCUGCGGCCGGCGCCGACUGAGCUCGUCGAGGUCUUCGCCGGAAACUCGGAGAUGGUGAAGCCGUGCCUCGACAUCCCGAUGGCCGCCGUCGAGAUCGAGGGCACCGACUCGCUCGAGCUGACGCUGCCGGACACGAAUCACCACGGCGACGGCGUCGCGGGUCUCGGCGGCGGCGGCAUCGCGGGGGUCGGGUUCGGCAUCGGGCCGUUCGUGCGCUCGUUCAGCAUGUCCGUGCCGCAGCGCCUGAAGCAGUCGUCGCGCAGCGCCCCCUACCACGGCACGAUGGACAACCUGCACCUGCGGACGCUCAGCACGGGAUCGCGCGACGACGACGCGGAUGCGGACGCCGCCGCGGUGGCGGCGUCGGCAGGGGGCGCCGGCGAGCACGACCCGCUGCGCUCGAACCACGUCGGCGACGGCGGCUUCUGGGCUGCCUACACGAGAUGUGAGACACAGUACAAGAGCAGCGUCAGGGGCGCGCUGGAGCAGAUUGACGUCAUCAAACGCUUCGUACGCAAAUACGAUGACGUGUUCGAAUUCGUCACCUCCACUCAGGGAAUCCGUGAAGCCAAAGCUAAGGGGAAGAUUGCUAGUCUCGUCGGCGUGGAGGGUGGCCACAUGAUCGACAGCAGCCUCGCCGUUCUGCGCAUGCUCUACGACCUCGGCGCCCGCUACAUGACCUUGACCCACAGUUGCGCGACGCCGUGGGCUGAUUCGUGGAUAGAGGAGAGAGACAACGCCGCCAUUCAUAACGGUCUCACGACAUUUGGCAAGAAAGUGGUGCUUGAGAUGAAUCGACUUGGCAUGCUGGUUGACCUGUCGCACGUGUCGUUUGCUACGAUGAGACACGCCCUCGCUACGACAUCAGCUCCCGUCAUCUACAGCCACUCGUCUGCUUACGCUCUCUGUAACAGCACGCGUAAUGUACCGGACGACAUCUUGAUGCUAGUGAAAAGCAAUGGAGGCGUUGUGAUGGUAAACUUCUACAACAAUUACAUCAGCUGCUCUGACAACGCCACACUGGGACAGGUAGCAGAUCAUAUUGAUUACAUCAAGGAUGUGAUCAGUGCUGAACACGUCGGUAUAGGCGCGCGGACUUACCGAUGGGUUCCCCACGUGCCCACGGGUUUAGAGGACGUAUCCAAGUACCCGGAUCUAUUUACGGAACUGGCAAAACGUGGCUGGACAGACGAAGACCUUGGAAAGUUGGCGGGAAACAAUUUACUCAGAGUGUUUGAGAAGGUUGAACAGGAGAGAGACAGGCUGAACACGUUGGCACCGUACGAAGAACCGCGUCCCAGCGGCUCCGAUCCCGACCUCUGUGCAGCGAUCGUAGCGCCGAACGGCGGCGGCGAGCCGAAACUCGGCCGCGUGACGUCAGCCAUCGCAGCGAUGUUGUUCGUGGGAAGGUUACUGUUAGGCCUAGAGUUAUUAUAGAUCACGUGUGAUGUGCGGCGAUCGCCCUGGUUCGUUAGUACUUUAGCUGCGUGAUGGAUCUAUGUUUAAGAAAACAUAUAUCUAUAUGAAUAAAAAGAAUGCUAUUCUGAGUUUGUGAAAUCGCGUCAGAUAACGAGGUCACGUGGCCUCCUUGACCCAAAUACCAUAAAGCAAUAUUAAAUGAAGAAAAGAACAAAUGUAGAACAUGCUCACAACAUACUUUUAUUAUAAUAUAUAGAACGCUAUAUACUUAUGCUAUAUAUACCAUAUACCAUAGUCCACUGGCGCCCACAG